CCACCCUAGUAUUCCGCCUCUCUCUCUCUCUCUCUGAGCAAAUCACCACCUUCAAUUGCCUCAAACCUCCGACUAACUUCAGUCGCCACCGUCGACGACGGCCGCCCAUGGAAUCCAUGCCGCCUUCGGAUGAGAAUGGUUGGGUGAAUCCUCGUCGACCCUUAAAUCGCCCUCCCGUUGAUUUAAUCCUUGAGAAUCUCCGACCUCGACCUCGUAAUCCCUCUCCGAUCUCCACCUCGAAGUCGGAAGAAACUCCGAUCUCCACCUCCAAGACCGAAGAAACUCCGAUUUGUAUGUUUUCUCCGUAUCCCUCUUCGAUCUCCACUAAUUAAUCACCCGAGAUAUGGCCGUCUCUGCCGCCCCCCACCGCGAUGACCGACGAGAGCGGAGGGCUCGCCGGCGGCGAACGGCUCGUCGAUGGCAGAGCUCUCUGUAAAUCUACCGGUGGAUCUCUCAGUAAAUCUUUCACCGAUCCUUACUGGAUUCGUGGUGGAUCUUAUGGCUGGAGCGCCGAUUUCGAUUGGGAAUCCGACGAUGAUAUGUCUUCGAUGGAAAAUGAGGAAGACUUGGUGGAUCCUUACUUCUUAUGGCUGAUGUGUGAGUUCGAAUUGCUCCAGUGUGCACCCAUCUGCCCACUGUACUCUUGCUUUGUCCUAAACCCUUUGCUAAAGUUCGUAUACUGCCUCUCUUUGAUAACUGUAUACUGCUUCCCAUAGUCGGUGAACAGUUGAACGGGAGAUGGAGAAUUUCUCGAUGGCUUGCUGCUUCUUCCCACGAAGGGGCUUCCCAUUCACACUUCCUUCAAGAAGAUAUUGCACAAUUUCAUUUCUUUUUGGGGUGGAUAGAUCCUUGAUCACCACCAUUUUUGCCUUCUUGAAACUGAAAUUGUUGGAGCUCCACUUUGAAGGGAAUGCAGCCAGUCCGAUUCUUAUUUAUAGAAUAUGAUUAUCAUUUUUGGUGGGAAGUUCAAAUUUUUUAGCUUUGGAGCCUUAAUUAUGUAUGUUGGCAGACAUUCACUUUAAUGAAAUGAAGUUUUUGAUUAGU